AUGUCCGGAAAGUCUGGUGCGUACGGCGCGCGAGCCGGGGACACCGACUUCCGCAAGAAAUGGGACAAGGAGGAGUACGCCGACAAGGCGCGGAAACACGACCAGGAAGAGAAAGAGCGGAUGCAGGAGAACGAAGAGCGGUUGAAGCAGGGAAAGAAGCCGAGACGAGGUCGCAAAGAUGACCUGCCAAAACCCACGGAACUCAUGAAGCAGCGCGAGGGCCCUCUCGAACUCGAAAAGAACCUUGGGAAGACGAUGGUCGUUCAGAACGCAGGCAACCGCGGCCCUGGAGUGCCCGGCUUCUACUGCGAGACGUGUAACCGGACGUACAAGGACAGCGCAGGGUACCUCGACCAUAUCAACGGACGCGCACACCUUCGCGCACUGGGUCAGACGACGAAGAUCGCGCGUUCAACCGUCGAGCAAGUUCGCGCGCGGAUAGCAUACUUGCGCGAGAAGACGCGAGAGGCAUCGGACGCGAAGUCAUUCGACUUUGAGCAACGACUCGCCGAAGUGCGCGCGCGCGAAGCGGCACUGCGAGACGAGAAGAAGGCGGCGAAGAAGGCGCAGCGAGACCGCGCACGCGUCGAGCUCGCGAAAGAGGCGGGCGCUGGUACGGACGGAGCGGGAGGCGGCGGCGACAUGAUGGCGAUGAUGGGCUUUGCGGGCUUUGGGACGACGAAGAAGUGA